AACUCAAGGACUCCGCCUAUAUUUACUUCCUUUUUGGGUUGGCUUUUCAAAAAUCAGUUAGAGUUUCACAGUCGGAGAGAGAAAGGUAGCAGUGAAUAUCGAACUCCAUGGCCACCCAACAUAUCGGAAAGAAGACUGCGUGCGUGGUCGGCGGCUCCGGGUUCGUGGCAUCUCUUCUGGUCAAGCUUUUGCUUGAGAAGGGCUAUGCCGUCAACACCACUGUUAGGAACCCAGAGAAUCAGAAGAAGAUAUCUCACCUCAUAGCCUUACGCUUUGGGGACCUAAAAAUUUUUGGAGCAGAUCUAACCGAUGGAGGAAGCUUUGACGCUCCUAUAGCUGGUUGUGACCUUGUGUUCCAUCUUGCAACUCCGGUUAACUUUGCUUCAGAAGAUCCUGAGAAUGACAUGAUCAAGCCAGCAAUCCUAGGGGUACAUAAUGUUUUGAAAGCCUGUGUGAAAGCAAAGACUGUUAAACGUGUCAUUUUGACAUCAUCAGCAGCUGCUGUAUCAAUCAACGAUCUCAAUGGGACGGGCUUAGUCAUGGAUGAAAGCCACUGGACCGAUGUUGAGUUUUUGAGCACUGCAAAGCCACCUACUUGGGGUUAUCCUGCUUCCAAGACACUUGCUGAGAAAGCAGCUUGGAAAUUCGCUGAGGAAAAUAAUAUUGAUCUCAUCACUGUUAUUCCUACUCUUAUGGCUGGUACUCCUCUCACUCCGGACAUCCCAAGCAGUGUUGGUCUAGCUAUGUCUCUAAUUACAGGCAAUGAAUUCCUCAUAAAUGCAUUGAAAGGUAUGCAAAUGCUGUCCGGUUCAAUAUCUAUCACACAUGUGGAGGAUGUUUGCCGGGCUCAGAUAUUUGUGGCUGAGAAAGAAUCUGCUUCCGGUCGAUACAUUUGCUGUGCUGUCAAUAGCAGUGUUCCUGAGCUUGCAAAGUUCCUCAACAAAAGAUAUCCUCAGUACCAAGUCCCAACUGAUUUCGGAGGUUUUCCCUCCAAGGCCAAGUUGACCUUAUCUUCAGAGAAGCUUAUCAAAGAGGGGUUCAGUUUCAAGUACGGAAUAGAAGAUGUUUAUGACCAAAGUGUGGAUUACUUCAAAGCUAAGGGCGAGCUGAAGAACUAAGACCAUGGGCUUUUGUUUCUCUUUAAAAGCCUUGUUAUGUUCUACCUUGAUUGUUUGCUCUGUAGCAUAAUAGCAUCUAAGUUCACUUUAAGCUUGGUAUGGAGCACUUUUUGGUAUUA